GCUCUCACAGAAGCGCGCCCUCUCCACGCGGCCGAGUACGCAGCACCUCUCUGUGCAUCCUCCGCGCUGUCAGCCGAGCAACAGCCUAAGUGUCCCUCCGCCGUGAAGCCGGUCCUAAGCGGGACGCAGCUCCGGCCGGGACGGGAGCCGCGCGCUCAGGAGAGCACCGGAAGAAGCUCAAGCUCUAUCAACACGGGACUGUCGUUUUGAAAUCCGACUGCGCAGGUCUAUUUUGGUUUAUUUUUUGGGGCCUUUUUGAAUUUUGUUUCCAGAGAGAGGGGGGCGUCAGCGGAGCCGCAGUCAUGGUGGAUGCGUCGGAGUGCGGCGUGAGGGUGAUGUGCCGCUUCAGGCCUCUGAACCAGGCCGAGGUCCAGCGGGGAGACCAGUACAUCCCCAAAUUCAAGGGCGACGACACGGUGCUGAUAACGGCCAAACCAUACGUGUUCGACCGCGUGCUGCCGCCCAACACCACACAGGGGCAGGUCUACGACCAGUGUGCCAAACAGAUAGUCAAAGAUGUGUUGGGUGGGUACAACGGGACCAUCUUCGCCUACGGACAAACAUCGUCUGGGAAGACCCACACCAUGGAGGGCAAACUGCACGACCCCCAGCUGAUGGGGAUCAUCCCUCGCAUCGCCCAUGACAUCUUUGACCACAUCUACUCCAUGGACGAGAACCUGGAAUUUCACAUCAAGGUCUCUUAUUUUGAAAUUUACCUGGACAAGAUCAGAGACCUGCUGGAUGUGUCGAAGACCAACCUUGCCGUGCACGAAGACAAAAACAGGGUGCCCUAUGUUAAGGGUUGCACUGAGCGCUUCGUGUCCAGCCCAGAGGAGGUGAUGGACGUCAUCGACGAGGGAAAAUCCAAUCGACACGUGGCCGUGACCAACAUGAACGAGCACAGCUCCCGGAGCCACAGCAUCUUCCUCAUCAACAUCAAGCAGGAGAACAUCGAGACGGAGAAGAAACUGUCGGGGAAGCUCUACCUGGUGGACCUGGCUGGCAGUGAGAAGGUCAGUAAGACCGGAGCGGAGGGCGCCGUCCUGGACGAGGCCAAGAACAUCAACAAGUCUCUGUCGGCACUGGGGAACGUCAUCUCCGCUUUAGCAGAGGGAACGAAAACCCACGUGCCGUACAGAGACAGCAAGAUGACGCGGAUCCUGCAGGACUCGCUGGGAGGAAACUGCCGCACCACCAUCAUCAUCUGCUGCUCGCCGUCCGUCUACAACGAGGCCGAGACCAAGUCCACGCUCAUGUUUGGACAGAGAGCCAAGACCAUCAAGAACACGGUCUGCGUGAACCUGGAGCUGACAGCGGAGGAGUGGAAGAAGAAAUACGAGAAGGAGAAAGAGAAGAGCAAGAGCCUGAAGAGCGUCAUCCAGAGGCUGGAGGCGGAGCUAGAGCGCUGGAGGAGGGGCGAGGACGUUCCUGAGGACGAGCAGCUGAGCGCCAAGGACCAGAAGAGCGCCGAGCCGUACGACAACACUCCCACCAUCGACAACCUGCCGCCGGCUGGAGGAGGCGUCUCCGUGUGCGGCGAGGAGAGGCGCAAAUACGAGGAGGACAUUGGCGACCUGUACAAGCAGCUGGACGACAAGGACGAUGAGAUCAACCAACACAGCCAGCUGGCGGAGAAGCUGAAGGAGCAGAUGAUUGACCAAGAAGAGCUCUUGGCGUCGACGCGACGCGACUACGAGAAGAUCCAGGAGGAGCUGUGCCGGCUGCAGAUGGAGAACGAGCUGGCCAAGGAGGAAGUGAAGGAGGUGCUGCAGGCGCUGGAGGAGCUGGCCGUCAACUACGACCAGAAGAGCCAGAAGGUGGAGGAGCAGGAGCAGGCCAACCUGCAGCUGAGCGAAGAGCUGCAGCACAAGACGGCGCUGCUGUUGGCGGCACAGCGGGAACUUAGCCAGAUGCAGGAGAUCAACGGUUUGCAGAGGAAGAGGGCCGUGGAGGUGCUCAACCUGCUGCUACGGGACCUCAGCGACAUUGGCGCCAUCAUCUGCACCAGCGACGUCAAGGCCGCCGCUUCCUCAGAAACCAACGGGAACGGCUCCGCCAUGGAGGAGGAGUUUACCGUCGCUCGCCUCUACAUCAGCAAGAUGAAGUCCGAGGUCAAGUCUCUGGUGAACCGCUGCAAACAGCUGGAGAGUGCUCAGGCCGACGCCCACCACAAGAUCCAGGCCAACGAGAAGGAGCUGGCUUCCUGUCAGCUGCUCGUCUCCCAGCAUCAGGCCAAGAUCAGGUCUCUGACGGACUACAUGCAGAACCUGGAACAGAGGAAGCGGCAGCUGGAGGAGAGCCAGGACGCGCUGAGCGAGGAGCUCGCCGAGCUUCAGGCUCAGGGUAAGAGGCAUGAGCUGUCAGGCGAGGCCACGGUGGACCUCUCUAAGGACAGAGGCGACGACAUAAAGAAAUCUCUGGACGAGCAGCUGGAGAGCCACAGAGAAGCUCACCAGAAGCAGCUGAGCCGCCUCCGGGACGAGGUCAAGGAAAAGCAGAGGAUGCUGGACGAGCUGACCGAUCUGAACCAGGGUCUGCUGCUGGAGCAGGAGAGGCUCAUGGCGGACUUCAGCAAACUGAAGGAAAAGGAGCAGGAGAAGGACACCAAGCUGCAGAAGCUCACACAGCUCAAUGAAGAGCAGGAGACGGCUAGAGAGGAGCUGAAAGGUCUGGAGGAGACUGUGGCCAAAGAGCUGCAGACGCUGCACAACCUGCGCAAACUCUUCGUUCAGGACCUCACCGCUCGGGUCAAGAAGAGUGCAGAGCUGGACUGUGAGGAAGGCCUGAGCAACGUCGCCCAAAAGCAGAAGAUCUCCUUCCUGGAGAACAACCUGGAGCAGCUAACAAAGGUCCACAAGCAGCUGGUUCGCGACAACGCCGACCUCCGCUGCGAGCUGCCGAAGCUGGAGAAGCGUCUGCGAGUGACGGCCGAGCGCGUCAAAGCGCUGGAGAACGCCCUGAAGGAGGCCAAGGAGAACGCCAUGCGGGACCGCAAGCGCUACCAGCAGGAGGUGGACCGCAUCAAGGAGGCCGUUCGCGCCAAGAACAUGGCCAGGAGGGGGUUCUCCGCGCAGAUCGCCAAACCCAUCAGGCCGGGUCACCCCCCCACGGCGUCCCCGAUCUGUGGUUCCGUCAGAACCGGGACGGUCCGCUCCUAAACUGAACUCCCACACAGACAGUAAACAACUCUCCGCAUGCCCACAACAAGCCCCGCCCCCCUCCUCCUGUGGCACCGUCAGGAAGCCUCCUCCCCAUUUUCCGGUAGUUUUUUUUGUUCCUCUUGUAGGUGAAGUUUGUUGGAGGGGAAGACAAGGAUGCCGCCGGAACACGCCUACCGCCGGACCUCCUGAAGGAGCGCCACCCAAAACACACCCUUUAAGAAAGCAACAAACAAGGAAAACACACAAAUGCAGACAUUUGAAUGUUUCGUCAUUUUCAUUUUUGUCCUUCAUUUGUCUAAAGUUUGUGUCUAAAACCAUAUCUAUAAAAAUGGUUUGUUUUUGUAAACUUGAAGGUUUUGUGACGUUAGCAAAACUGCGGAUCCACAAAAGAAAAUGCUCUCAAAUAUUCCAUUUGUUGCCGUUUUUCUCGUCCUGCAUCAUUUUUGCAGAUCUACGGUCUAGUGAAAUAGUUGUGAUGCAAACCUAUGGAACACCCAAAGUGACAAAAUUCAUUUGAGGGGAAAAAUAAGGCAUGAAAUUAGAAUGUUCACAAAUGAAAGAAAAACAUCCUACAAACACAUUUAAAACAAAUAUUUGCUUUGUUUAUGUAUUUAAAACUCUAACUUGUAAUAAUUAAGCUUUAGCUUAGCCACUGCUUUUUUUGUAACUACAAAAUGCUAGCUAAAACAAUUAGUAGCACUUUUUAGAUUUUUGUCCCCAAAUUUUCUAUAUUUGAACGCUAAAUUAUUUUACAUCAAGCUCAACACGCUAGCAAUCUGUACAUUUAAGGUUUUAAAUUUAGGACCAAGAACUGAGGCCCCGCCCACCUAAUUACCAUAGUUAGUGUCACAAAAUUUCUUGACAAACCUCCGGACAUUGUUUACACAUUAUUUGUAUCAAGGUUUUAUUAAUUUAGUCUUGUUUAGACCUCCGUAUUUAUCGGUUCUUGUUCAGGAUGUUGCAGUCUGAUCGGCCAAUCAGACGCUCCCUGACCUGCAUCAGCGCCUCUCCGGGUUGUUUUUUUCUCUGCAGUUUCGGACAAAUGAUUUCCGACGUUUGUGCCUUUUGCGCUCGCGCUCGAAUGUGAAUGUGACCCUCUCUGGACGUGAGCGUCAUCCGUGAAAGUUCUCUGUACUCGUCGCUGAGCAUGACCGAGUUUCCUCCUGUAUGUACCGAGGGAAUCGAACGACACGUGAAUGAACGUUCCUGCAUGACGAUGCAUCCUCCAACCAGAAACCACAUGUGUUUGUUGGGAAAUCCAACGGGUAAAAAAAAAUUUGCACCAUUGAGAUGUUUUAUUUUGUAGAAAAAAAAUAAAACUAUUGUUUUGGU